AUGCAAUUCGCUCUUAUCCCAUUUGCUCUCUUGCCUAUUUUCUAUACUACGUUUGCUGUAAAUACUCCAGUAUGCACAAAUGGAUACACCUUAAUUAACAAUAAAUGCCUAGCGUUGUAUACAAUUCCGGCAAGUUAUUCAGCAGCCGAAGAAUCUUGCCGAAGCGUUGGAGCAACAUUAGAUAAUGAAGCGAUCACCAGUUUUGUGGGAUGCACUGUUUCUCUUGUAUGGAUCGGUCUGUAUUGUGUGGACAAUGAUCCUUCAAAAUGCUUAUGGGAUGAUGGUACAGGAUCCGCUGGAGUGUACAGUAACUUUGCUAGUGGUUUCCCACAUAUCAAUAUCGGAAAAUGUGUCUACUACUCUGCGCAAGGGACAUUAGCAGGAAAAUGGGUUAGCGGAGAUUGCGAAAACGAUACAAGAGCAUACGUAUGUGAAUUGCCGUAUACCAUCGCAGAUGACUGUACUUACAAUUACAACGGAUUUUGUUAUUCCCUUCAUAGCUCGGCUCCAUUUGUUCAAGCACAAGAGACAUGUGAACAGGAGUGCGGAAAUCUUGUUUCAAUAACUUCUGAAAUGGAAAACAGAUAUGUUUCCAUAAUAGGAAGUCGCGGGAUAAAUUCAGUUUACGUACUCAUAGGAGGAAUGUGUCCAAGUUCCAACGCGUUUGCUUGGAUUGAUGGAUCUGUUUGGAGUUACAAUAACAUUGAUCCUGCUCAGUCUCUCGGUGCCGGUUACUGUAUGAUCACUACAAAUUCAAAAACAACAUCCUUAUCAUUUGGUUUUUGGGGAAGCGCUUCUUGCAAUGAUGCGUUUCCUUUUAUAUGCAAACGUCCUGCUGGAACUCAGUGUCCUCCAAAUCAACCAGUUAUAGCAGUUACUCCUGUUCCUAACCAGCCAUCUUACUGUAACUCUACACUUCUACUCGCGCCUGGAGUCAUCACAUCCCCCAAUUAUCCACAAAAUUAUGACAACAAUCUAUUCUGUUCAUACCAAUUGGCCACUCUUGGAUCCUACAAAAUUCUUCUCAAAUUUACCGGAUUCAUCACUGAAUACGGUAGGGAUAUCGUUCAAGUUUACGAUGGCGACUCUUCGGAUAAACCUCUUUUGGGAACUUACAGUGGAAACUUGAACCCAUUUAAUUUAGUUUCGACUGGAAACACGAUGUAUGUCACAUUCAAGACUGAUCGGAGUGCCGUUUAUCAAGGAUUUACUACCAAAGUUUUGUCGUAUUCCGGUCCCUUAACCUAA